CUCUCUGACCAUCGAGAUAUCGGCGAAACAGACAAAACAAGGAGGAUUACUGUGUGUGAUAGGCAAAUUAUUUAUUUGCGAAAGUGAAAACCGUCAUGAAAUUAUUUAGGUGUUUAGUGCCAGUAGUGGUGCUGCUAUUGAUUAAGAACUCCUCUGCGAGACCUGGUGUGUUAGGCGAUUUGAUUGGUGCGAACGUUGGUAGAUUGCUGGAUCCAUUGGGAGUAUUCAGGCCUAAAGAUGGCAGUGCUCAAGCUAGCAGCAAUGCUCAGGCAUUGGGAGGAAACGUAAAUUUCGGGCCCAUCGGUAUCGGUGGUGGAUACUCCUCAGCUUCGGCUCAGGCGUCGGCGAACAGCGGCGGUGGCUUAGCUUCGGCUUCAGCCAAAGCUGAUGCUCAUGCUAACGGAUAUGGAGGAUAUGGUGGUUCGAACGCGAAUGCGCAAGCAUCCGCUAAUGCUAAUGCACAAGGUUCUUCAGGAAACCCUGGGGGGUAUGUUGGCAAUAAUGGUGGAAUCAGCGGUUAUUACCCUGGCGUUUCUCAUCAAGUUACUCAACCGAAUUACGGAAGUUAUGGUGGCUCUCAGUCCAGUGCUAAUGCUAAUGCGAACGCGAAUGCCAACGCCAAUGGCGGAGGGUAUUCUGUUGGUCCCUCUUAUUAUCCUUCUAGACCCCAAGCCAUCGGCAACGCUAACACUAAUGCUAACGCAAAUGCGAACGCGGGUGCUAACGUCUUAGGUAGUGGCGGCGUGAAUGUGAUUCCCGAUAAGUAUCCUGGCGGAGGAAUAGAUAAAAUAGAAGUUAUUCCCAUAAACAUGCUGCCGCUUUCUCAACCAACUUUACCUGUCUAUUCGAUACCUCACCAGCCGCCUGGAGCUGGUAAGGGAAAUGUGAUUGUCGUUGUCGAGGAAUCCCCGCAAUAUCCGCCGUAUCAUCGUCCGACUCCUCCCCAUCGCCACCAUCACCACCGUCAACCGCAUUAUGGUGGUAAACCAAAACAGCAACCCAUCGAGGUCAUCAUCAUUGAGGAACCAAGGCCUAAUCCAGUUAUUGGCGGAAAUAAUGGCGUUCAAGGAACCUAUCCUGGAUAUAAAGAAAAUCCGUUUUUAUCUAAUGGCGCUGGAUCAAAUACUAAUGCUAAUGCCCAUGCUAAUGCUAACGCUCAAGCAGGUGCGAGUGCAAACGGCGGAGGUGGACACAAUUAUCAACAAGGUGGAUAUCAGCAAGGUGGAUAUCAGCAAGGUGAAUAUCAGCAAGGUGGAUAUCAUCAAGGUGAAUAUCAACAAGGCGGACAUCAAAGCGGAUAUCAAUCAGCAGGAUAUCAACAAGGCGGACAUCAACCAGGAAGAUAUCAACAAGGCGGACAUCAACAAGGUGGCAGUUACCCAGUAGAAUCAUCAGGACACAAAAAUCCAAUUGGCAGUAAUAAUCCCUUUCUAUAUCCCAGCGGUCAUUCCAGUAGCAACGCCGGUGCCAAUGCUAACGCAAAUGCUGGAGCUGGUGCCAUCGCCGGAGAACAACCGAUAGGUACUAAUAAUCCGUUCCUUAAUGGUGGCGUAUCCCAAAAUGUCGGAGGAGGAGGAAACUAUCCAGGAAGUUCGAGCGUUUUGAGCGACAAACCUAAAGGCAUUUCUACCACCUAUCCGGGACAAUCAUCCGGAGGACUCCCUGGCUCAUUCGGAUCGGCGGGAGCUAAUGCUGGUACCAACGCCAAUGCCAAUGCCGGCGCUGUUGGAGGAGGACCGAUCAAAGAAAGUCCAAUAAUUAGCUCUGGCGGACACGGUGGCGGAUCUUCGGGAGUUCUUGGUGGUUACGAAGAUCACGGAUCUAGUCCAAACUUCAACGGAUUUGGAGGACAAGUCGGUAGUUCAUCUGGUGCUAACGCUAAUGCUAAUGCUAACACCGGAGUCACUAACACUGGAGGAUCUGGUGGACAUGGACCCAUUUUUGGAGGAUCCGGAGGUCACGGAGGAUACGGUGGGGGCUCUUUCGGUGGUCAAGGCAGUGGAUUUGGAAACGAUGGUGCAAAUAUUCACAGUGGACAUGCUGGAGGCUCUUCCGGAGCCAAUGCUAACGCCAACGCUAAUGCCAAUGCCAAUGCCGGAGCCGCCGGCGGUCAUGGAACUAUUCUUGGAGGAUCUGGAGGUCACGGAGGAUUCGGCGAAGGCUCACUCAAUGGCCACGGUAGCGGUGGAUGUGCACAAUGUGGCUCUUCCGGUCUGAACCUCGGUGGCUAUGGCGGUGGUUCUUCUGGUGCUAAUGCCAAUAGUAACGCCAAUGCUAACGCUGGAAGUUCCGGUGGUGUCCCUGGUGGAUACGGAAACGGUGUUAAAGGAACAGGACAUACCGGAGGACAUGGUGGUCAAAGCGGAUUCGAUAAUCAAGGCGGAUUCGGCGGAUCAGUCGGAGGAGGCUCAAACGCCAACGCACAGGCGUCUUCUAAUGCAAUUGCGUCCGGUGGUGGAUCGGCAUCAGCAAACAGCAAAUCGUCGGCCUUCACUAACGGAUCAGGAUCCGCAAAAGCCGACGCGUCCAGCAAUGCGUCUUCAGGAUCUUACGGUGAAAUAGGAUCGAAAAGUUCAGCGUCAAGCCAAGCAUCAGCUUCAACCGAUACCAGGGAUAUGCUGAUCUUUAAUUAAACAUUGUGAUAUAACGAAACUAACCGACAAGGAGACUCGGAAAGAAUCUUCUUGGCCAUAAUAGCGAUAUAAUACUCCAAUUUAUAUUUUGACGUUCCACGAACAAACUUACUUACGCGGUACGAAUAUUAUAUUGUUUAAUUUUGCGAUGAGAAUUAAAGAUUAAUUAUUGAAAAAUUAGAAGUAUGCAUAUCAUAAAACUGUCUAUUAAUAAAUACGUUUAAAUUUAUAAUCACGAGUUAUAAAUUUGAAUGUAUUUUUGGAAAUUGUGAUUGUAAAUUCGAGAUUUCCUUGAUGUCUCUCUCUCUCUCGAAAAUAAGUUCAAUUUUAAAAAUAGAUAAACAGUCUUGAGCAUUUAUUAGAAAACAUGUAAGAGCAAGUAUUUAUUUAUAUUCGUAUUGCGAAUCGUGUUGGAGGCAGAUCGAAUAUUGUUUCGCUCGAUGCAAUGAAAUGUGUAAGAUGAAUAAAUUACAACAUCAGAACUUAAGACAAAAGGUUCUUUGGCUAAUCAUAGAAAUAUAAUUUAUAGAACCCGUUUUCAGUUGAUUAAUGACAUAUCUGCCUCAGACUAAAUCAUUUUUAUACUCAUCCGAGACAUUCUGUGAUCAGAAUGGUUUUAAUAUAUACAUAUAUGUAUAUAUAUGUACAAUAUAU